UUGAAGAAUCCCCUCUGCGUACUAGAUGCGUACCGUAAUUUCUGCUCUUUCCACUGAUUUUCUGAAUGGCUUCAUCCUUUCCCCAGUCUUCCUACCCGAGACGUGAGUCAACCUCUCUCGAAGCGUCAAAAUAUAAGAUUCUUCCAUUGCUCUUCACUCUCCCCCUCAUGUGUGGAUUCUAUCAUGCUCAAUGAAUGAUGAUCCGUCAGUGCAUACCCCCAUACCACUAGACAAUAGUCGUCGAGACAUCCCGAUUCAAUAUGCGCUCAAGUCUGAAUUUUACCGCUGGAGCUCUAAUUACCAGUGUCUUCCCUGCGACGUGCAUAUCACCUCGUACAUCAAUAACUUGCAUCCGAGUCACUCAUCUCCCUGUCAGUCAAACUGUGGAAUGGUCAGAGACUGGCAUUGCAUUCCCAGCCUUCAGGAUUAAUAGUGGAAUCACUGAGGCGGCAGACCCUCAAAUUUUCUACCACCGAUAUAUGAACAAAAUAUGUAAUUUAAUGUCAAUGA